AUGAAUGGAAAGCCCGUCUACGAGAGGACCCUGUCCGAGUCCGAGCUGCUUACGCAGCUCCCGAAUGAACUCACAGGUCUCAUUCGGUCAUCAUCUGGGACUCAGCAGCUCCACGCGCUUGCGCUCGGCGCAUUAGAUACACAAUUUACAGAAAGUAUCUUCCGACUAUACGAGCCAAUUGCCGUCGACUUGGCAGCUCGAUGGCUCCGAUCUGAUAUUCAAGCCGAUCAUAUCCAUACUUUGGCGGCUUUUGCCCGCAUCCUCCCUUUCGCUUCAUACCUUCGAUCCUUCGCUGGCCAAUAUGCUUUGUCACAGACCGGACCUCUGUCGGCUUUGGCUGGAUCAAAGGAGUUGACAUUGCGACAAUUGGAACCCAGCAACACUCGAACUCUUCUCCUCGCCCUAUUCCGCCUUCUAUCAUUUGACUUGGAAACUUUCUCAAAAGCCGUGUCGCCGAUCCAGCUCCAAUCUCUGUUUCCGCACGAGGACCCUGUGAUCCGAUACCUUGCCGUUCGAUGCUUCGCCAUGUAUAUGCACGCGGCGGAUGCUGCUAGCGAGAAUAUGUUGCGUGUCAAUACCGGCACCGAUCCCAUCGAAGGAGAGUGGGAAGGAAUUACAAUCGAUUAUCGCCUUUUGGGUCUAUGGGAAGAGCGUAGAUGGGAGACUCUUGGCAAGACGAUUCAAAAUCAGAGGUCAUCACGAUCGGAUAGUGACAUGAUUGCAUUGGUCGACCGGGUGCGGGAUUCCUUGACACCCAGGUCUGCUGAUAUUUGCGGCAUCUUGAUUCCUCGCCUGAAAGACGGUUUACCAUCGUCGUCUUCUUCAGUUGUAAAGACUCCGACCACGACACAGAAUCUGCGCUGCAUCGCAAAGUCACUUCUUGGCUUCAAACCUAUUUUGUUGAUAGGAUUGUCUAACUCAGGAAAGACUUCGCUGAUCAAUGAUAUUGCGUCUACAAUGGGGCAAGCCGAGUCCAUGGUCACACUUCACCUCAAUGAACAGACAGAUGCGAAGAGUCUUCUUGGAAUGUAUGCUACGUCUUCCACCACUGGUUCAUUUUCUUGGCAGCCAGGUGUGUUGACGAAGGCUGCGAGAGAAGGCCGUUGGGUUUUGAUUGAAGAUCUCGACCGCGCACCUUCUGAAGUCCUUGGCCUCAUAUUACCGAUUAUUGAGAGAGGAGAGUUGACCAUCGCGAGCCGAAGAGAGAGAAUCAAAUGCGCCGAGGGUUUCAAGAUUAUUGCGACCAUGAAAUCCUCCUACAACAUUGCUGGAGAAGAGAUUGCUCCAAAUUCUUCUAUGCUUGGUAGUAGGUUGUGGCAGAGAGUUCAAGUUUCAUCUCUCCCAGUCGAUGAAAUGCGAGAUGUAAUCUUACAAAAAUUUCCUCUCUUGGAGUCUCGAGUACCGGUGAUAAUGGAUGUGUAUGGGAGAGUAUGCUCUGCAUUCCACGGAAGUCUCGCCAUCAAGGGCUCUCAAGGGCGCACACCUGGUUUCCGUGACUUGAUCAAGCUUUGUAGCCGACUGCACCGGCGGUUGCAACGCAUGGGUGCCAAAACUGGCUAUGAACCUACGCCAGAAGCCAUUGACGAUGAAAUAUUCCUCGAUGUUGUUGACGUUUUUCUGAAAUACCUUCCGGAGAGAUCCAUGCAAAGUUCCCUCGCUGCUGUUGUGGCAGAAGCACUGCAAAUUUCGCCCCAGCGAGCUCUUUUCUGCCUCAACGAACGGACCCCGAACUACACCGACAAGACUAAUAGCCUGGUUCUUGGCCGUGAGGUUUGCCAAAAGAUCAAAGUUCCCAGUGGAUCAGCACUGAAGCUAGCAGCAGCAGCAUCGCGCUUCGCCUCCACCAGAUCCGCAUUGACGAUUAUGGAGCAGGUGGCCGCAUCCAUACAAAUGGCAGAGCCAGUCUUACUUGUCGGAGAGACUGGUAUCGGAAAGACAACUGUGAUUCAACAGCUUGCUACUUUAAUGCGACAGAAGCUUACGGUGGUGAACUUGUCACAGCAAAGUGAAAGCACUGAUUUGCUAGGAGGGUUCAAACCUGUCAGCAUUCGCACAAUGGCAAUUCCGAUGUUGGAUGAGUUCAAUCAGCUCUUUGAAUUGACAUUCUCCGCGAAAAAGAACCAAAAGUUCUUGUCUUCCGUUUCUAAGAGUGUGGUUUCCGAAAACUGGGCACGCUUAGUAACUUUGUGGCAUGAAGCUGUGCGGUUGUCUAACGGAGUCUUUAAACCGACUCUUGACGCAUCCAACGAGACAGAGAAUGGAGACGAACAACCAUCUAAGAAGAGAAAGCUGGACUCACCAAAGUAUCAACACCUGCGUCAGCGCUGGGAGAGCUUUGAGUCCCAACUUGCCGACUUUGAAGCGCAAGUUUCCCAAGGCGAUGCUAAAUUUGCCUUCGCAUUCGUUCAAGGAAAAAUUGUCCGAGCACUUCGGAAUGGUGAAUGGGUUCUCUUGGAUGAGGUCAACCUGGCGUCGCCAGAUACUUUGGAGAACAUUGCAAGUCUCCUGCAUCACGGUAGUGAAGGAACCCCUUCUGUUCUUCUGUCCGAGGCUGGUGAUGUUGAGAGGGUCUUUGGUCACCCCGACUUUCGCAUUUUUGGUGCCAUGAAUCCUGCAACAGAUGCCGGCAAAAGAGACCUUCCCCCUGGCCUACGAUCUCGCUUCACCGAAUUCUAUGUGCACUCUCCCGACACAGAUAUAGAUGAUCUUCUUGCCUUGAUCCAGAAGUAUCUUGGAGACUUGACCAUUCGCGACCCAAGAGCCGCACCGGACCUCGCACAGUUAUACAUGGCGACCAAGAAGCUCAGCAAUGAUAACAAACUCACAGAUGGCGCCGGGCAACGACCCCACUUCAGCAUUCGAACACUUGUCCGCACUUUGAUCUAUGUCCUUGAUCAUGCUCAUGUCUAUGGCCUACGUCGAGCAAUCUUCGAAGGUUUUAGUAUGAGUUUCUUGACUGUGUUGGGUUUAGAGUCUGAACGGGCUUUGGUUCCUCUUCUUGAGACACAUAUUUUCAGCAAUGCCAAAAACGCAAAAUCCCUCCUUGGCCAAACCCCCCAGCCACCUGCAGACGGCAAUGAAUAUGUUCAAUUUAAGCAUUAUUGGAUGCGUCGUGGUCCUUUUGUCGCGGAAGAACAACCGCAUUACAUUAUUACUCCAUUCAUUGAGAAGAACCUCAAGAACCUUGUGCGAGCUAGCUCAACUCGUCGUUUCCCUGUUUUGCUGCAAGGUCCAACAUCCGCAGGAAAGACAAGUAUGAUUGAAUACCUGGCCAAAGUUUCUGGUAACAAGUUUGUUCGCAUCAACAACCAUGAGCACACAGACCUACAAGAGUAUCUUGGAUCCUACAUUUCUACUGAUGAUGGAAGCCUUCGCUAUCAGGAGGGUGUUUUGGUGGAGGCAUUGCGCAACGGUUACUGGAUUGUUCUUGAUGAGCUGAACUUGGCUCCUUCAGAUGUCCUCGAAGCGCUCAAUCGACUGCUAGAUGACAAUCGUGAGCUGUUUAUUCCCGAAACACAGGAAGUUGUUCACCCACACCCCAACUUCAUGCUAUUCGCUACCCAAAACCCUGCUGGUCUUUAUGGUGGCCGUAAAGUUCUUUCUCGCGCAUUCCGAAAUCGUUUCCUGGAGUUGCACUUCGACGAUAUUCCAGAAAGUGAAUUAGAGUACAUCUUGAAGGAGCGAUCUCAGAUAGCACCCUCUUUCUGUACUCGGAUUGUUUCAGUUUACAGAAAACUUUCAUUGCUACGCCAAUCCAACAGACUUUUCGAGAAGAAGAACAGUUUCGCUACUCUGCGUGACCUGUUUCGCUGGGCCUUGCGCGACGCGGACGACAAGGAACAAUUGGCUAUCAACGGCUUUAUGCUCCUUGGCGAACGUGUUCGAAACCCCCAGGAGAAAGCUAUUGUGAAGAGUGUAAUUGAAGAAGUCAUGAAAGUGCGCUUGGAUGAGGAUGUCCUCUACAGCACUGCACAAUUGGACAAGAAUGUCCCUCAGAUGAGCCAGUUGCCUGGUGAGGUUGUUUGGACGAAGGCCAUGAGACGUCUGUUCGUCCUUGUCUCCAGGGCACUCAAGAACAAUGAGCCUGUUCUGCUUGUUGGAGAAACGGGUUGUGGUAAGACGCAGCUUUGCCAAGCUGUCGCUGAAGCUUUCAAGAAAGAACUAUUUAUUAUGAAUGCUCACGUCAAUUUGGAAACUGGUGAUCUCAUUGGUGCUCAGAGACCCAUCAGAAACCGGGCUGCCAUUGAGAAGCAGAUUUCUGAUGACCUUCGAAUCUUGAUUCACGGUGACGAGCCCGCCUCUUCCUCCCUGGAGCAGCUUAAGAAGGAGUUUUCAGCCCUCAGUGCCGACCAGCGUCAAGAGAAAGAUCAAGAUCUUCUGCGCAGAGUUGAAUCUAACAUUACCCGGUGUAAUGCGCUAUUCGAAUGGUCCGACGGAAGCCUGAUUACUGCUAUGAAAACUGGUCAAUUCUUCCUUCUCGAUGAGAUUUCCCUUGCAGAUGAUUCUGUUCUGGAACGACUCAACAGCGUCCUGGAACCCCACCGUUCAAUUCUUCUAGCUGAGAAGGGGCCCAUUGAUUCCAUGGUCGUGGCAGAUGGUGGCUUCCAGUUCUUGUCCACCAUGAAUCCUGGAGGUGAUUAUGGUAAGCGAGAGCUAUCUGCUGCUCUUCGUAACCGUAUGACCGAAAUCUGGGCCCCGCAACUUUCAGAAGACGAGGACAUUUUGCCAAUUCUACAGAUGAGGCUGAAGGUCAAAGACGAACAGGUUGCAAAGGCCAUGCUUAAGUUUGCACUGUGGUUCAAGACAACUUUCCAAAACACAUCAACGAAUUCUCUAUCACUUCGUGAUCUUCUCGCAUGGGUCGAUUUCGUCAACACCUAUCAAAUCGAUAAUCCUUUAUUCGCCAUUGUCCAAGGUGCUGCCAUGGUAUUUAUCGACACACUCGGUGCCAACCCCGCCGCGAUGCUUGCAAUCUCAUUGAAUAAUCUUGAUGGCAAUCGAGAGAACUGCCUUGAUAAGCUCAGCGAAUUGUUUAAUGUCAAUGCUUCAAACAUCUACAGGGAGUCAUCGACUGUCACUUUGGAGCCUGGAUUUUUGAAAGUUGGGCCGUUCACCCUGCCCACUGUCGGCGAGACAGAGCCCGACCAUCAAUUUACAAUGGAUGCGCCAACGACAAUUGCAAACUCUGUUAGAAUUGCUCGUGGACUUCAAUCUUCGAAGCCUAUUCUUAUGGAAGGUAGCCCUGGUGUUGGUAAAACUACCCUUGUCGUGGCUCUCGCAAAGGCCCUCGGCAAACCUCUCACUCGUAUCAACCUUUCAGAGCAGACCGACCUUACAGACCUAUUCGGUUCUGAUGUUCCAGUUGAAGGAGGGGAUGUUGGUCAAUUUACCUGGCGAGAUGCUCCGUUCCUACGAGCCAUGCAGCGUGGUGAUUGGGUUUUACUCGAUGAAAUGAACCUUGCCUCUCAAUCUGUGCUAGAAGGUCUCAACUCUUGCCUUGAUCACAGACAACAGGUCUAUAUUGCCGAACUCGACCAGACUUUCAAGCGCCACCCCGAUUUCGUGCUAUUUGCCGCACAAAACCCGCAUCACCAAGGUGGUGGAAGAAAAGGACUUCCUGCAUCUUUUGUUAAUCGUUUCACCGUCGUGUACGCUGAGAGCUUUACUGAUUCGGAUUUGAAAACAAUCUGUUCUAAGCUCUUCCCCGGAAGUCCUUCAAUCCAGACCGAGAGGCUGGUAGAUUUUAUCUCCGCCUUGAACAAAGCAAUCAAUACAGAUCGUCGACUCGGUGUUGUCGGUGGACCCUGGGAGGUCAAUUUGCGAGAUAUCCAGAGGUGGCUUCAACUGGCCGAUCGGGGCAACCUGCAAAUUUCUACCAAGCACUUUUUGGACAUUGUUAUCAGCCAGCGUUUCCGAAGCGAAGAUGACAGAAGACUGGUAUCUGAGAUUUAUGACAGCAUUUUCCCUGAUUCUGAAACCAACCAAAAGAGUUACUUCCACAACCUUACCCCUGAGCAUCUUCAGGUUGGUCUUGGAAUUUUGACUCGAGACCCUCUUCUACAGCGCUCGGUUGAGCCGCAAAUGAAGAUUUUGCCCAAGGACCUCCAUAUCCUGGAAUCUCUUAUCCUGUGCAUUGAUAACUCUUGGCCUAGUAUUUUGGUUGGAGCCGCCGGGUGUGGUAAAACAACAUUGAUCCGCAAGCUGGCUGCUAUUAAUGGCGCAACUUUGGAGGAGCUGGCUCUUAGUGCAGACACCGAUACCAUGGAUUUGAUUGGUGGAUUUGAGCAAAUUGAUCACCGCAGAGAAGUCUCGUCGUUUGUCAAUGAUGUUGAAGCCUUCUUGCGCCAUCAAAUAAUUCAUUCCUUUGCGACUGGCGAUGUCUCAAAUGCUGUUGGUUCUGCACUCCAGAUUUGCCAGCAUUUCCAAACCACAGAUACCUCACUAGAAACAGUCAUUUCGUCUCUUACGGAUCUUUGUCAAGCAUACUCUGACGUGACCCUCCAAAACUUCCUUGAGCGAGCUCAAAAGCUUUGGGAAACCAUCCAGCAAUCCGAUAAGAUGAAGGUUGGUUUUGAGUGGACUGAAGGUGUUCUCACACGGGCUGUACAAAAUGGAGACUGGGUGGUUCUGGACAAUGCAAAUCUUUGCAACCCAUCCGUUCUAGACAGAUUGAACUCCCUGACUGAGCCAAAUGGUACUCUCAUCUUGAACGAGCAGCGUACUGAGGAUGGAUCAGCGCGAAUCGUGACACCCCACCCCAACUUCCGCAUCUUUUUGACCAUGGACCCUCGCAACGGAGAGUUGUCACGCGCCAUGCGGAACAGAUGUGUUGAGAUCUGCUUCAUGUCCAACGAAGUGAAGGAAAUUCCUGCUAUGGUGGGCCCCUCUUACACCUGUGAAUCAUUCCUUUACAGACUGCGCCAUAUCUGGAACCUGGAUUCUACCUUGCCGCCUGCUACUUUGAGUGACUCGGUUAAUGUUUGCCUUGAUCAUCUAUCUCCGGUGGAUCUGUCAUAUCUUCAAAAGUUGCCUGGUAGCAAUCUUCCUCACGCCGACGACACCAAUCUGAAUCACCUUGUAUCUAGUGCUUUGCAGCGCUAUGAGUCACUGCUCCACGACAAGGAACAAUGGCAGCCCCUCAACGUUAUCACGGGAGAAAUCAUCAUGGCGGGCGCUUCAUUGAGCAUACAAGGUGCCCUUCAGCCCAUUCAUUCCUUGGUCAAUGAGCCUCUUGUGUCCAUCACUGGCAAUUCAGACUACCGUUCAAGCCUCAUGGUUCUGGCAUAUCUUGAAGAGUUCAAGCUCGAGAUUCAUCGUCUUCGUCAAAGCUUGGUCCAGGCUAAUGAGUCCGCAAAACAGCUCAAGCCCAGUCAAAUGACAAGCCUUGAAAGAUCUUUGGCAUCGACUCGCAUCCAGUCAUUGAUGAAAGAUACUACGCAGCCCGUCGGGAACUUCCUGAUGGAUUGUGGUCAGGCCUUGUACGACUACAUUCAAAGCUUGGAUCAAACUAGUCUCCAGUCCCCUGAAAUUGUCACCGCACUAACAACCAUUAUCUGCCUGUGCUGGGACAUUUAUCGUGCGACAAAUGUGAUGAAAGUCGAGGAAGGUGAAUUCCAGGUUUACCUGCAAGUUGGUAGGCAGAUCUUCGCAUCUUUGCUUAACUCAUCGCCGUUGCUCAAGCCAUUGGAAGCACCUCUUUCCCGGGCUCUCGCUCGCUUCCAAGCUGGCUGGGCAUUGACGACUGGUUUAAGUAUGCAAAGAAUGUGGGAUUCCUGGAGACAUGUCACGCCUGCCUCUCAAAAGCAGCUCAACUCUCUCAUUGAGUUGGAGCAAACUGUGGCCGAGUUUACCACUCUGGCCUUGCAAACACGAGUUGAUAUUUCUCAACUCAGCACUGUUUGGGACUCUCUAAUCAACGCUCAGCGAUUCAUUCUGCUAGAUGGUGCCGAUGGAGACGCUCUUGUGCUCAGCCUUAAGCAAACAGUCACCGAGCUUGGCCAGGCUGUCCGACGUUCUGAUUCACCUCAACACCCCUAUUUCACCGAAGCCUUUGAGGCUCUCUGCCAGUACCGCGAUAUCUCUACCGACGAAGGCAACUGUGAAUCGGCAAUUCAAACCAUGGUUUCCCUUCUCGCCGGUCGUCCUGCCCGUUCGCUUAACUCGUCAAGUCUCAAGAGCGGUGUCCCGGAACUUCUUCAUAGGCUUGCCCUAUUUACUGGCGCAGGGAAUGAGUCGAGCCGUUCUUUCUUGGCUAUUGGUGGUGUUCUCCCAUUAUCACUACUGGAUAGGCUGACCUCUGUGGGAGCCACAACCCUUGGCCAAAUGGACCUUCUUCAAGCUGAGAAAAGGGCGCUAUCGAAAGCACUCACCGUUGGCAGUCGUCAAAUUGCUGAAGAGCAGCUGCGCACUUUCCAGCGUGUUCUUGCUCAGUUGACGAUUGAACUUAUCACUUGCCACCAAGAGUUCCUCGAGCCUCAAUCGUUUGCCGGUUUGAUUUCCGCUCUUCAGGCUGUCCAGCGAGAUGGUACUUGUGAUCUAACAUCGGUCUCCAUGAGAUUGCAGGACAACAUUGGAGAUGGCCAUUUCUUCAGGAGUUUCGCAGAGAAUGCGCUUCCCCCUCUUGUUAAGUCGUUGGCUUCACCCCUCGAAGGCACCACCAAUAUUGUCCCUAUCGAGGGUAUGACUCACCCCAUGGCUCUGGCAGCUGUCCAACUGGCAGUCAUUCUCCUCCGCUUGUUUGUUCCCGACAAAGUCUUCGACCCAUCUCUUGGCCUUGUGGUUCAACGCAGACGACACCACCAACGCCUCGACGAGUUUAAUGCCAAAUCAAAUGCCAUUUUGUCAUUCGAGGCCACCUUCUCUGGCCAAAGCUCGAAUCUGCGAGCUUCGCUUCUUGAGGAACAAAGCCAUAGAUUGGGAUCUGCUCCACCACCCUCCUCUGUCACUCGACCGGAUAACUCCGAGCUCGGUCUGUUGCACGGUGAAUUUUCGAAUUUGAUCAAUUCUAUCCUCAACCGAGGCCCGGAGCAACUGAUUCAGUCGACUAACAAGUCUUCAAACACACAAGAAAUGGUCCAACUCAUGCGGAACAACAUUCACCAGCUUAGCAGCCGACUGAGUGCACACUACAGAUCCUAUGAUGAUAUUACCGAGCCCGUGAUUCGCUUCCUUCAAUUACUUGACACUGGUCUUUUCUUGAGCUCUGUAUCUGAUGAAAACCUCGAUGACAUACAAGACAUUAAGUAUCUUAGCAAGCGCACCCCUUUCUUGGGUGGGUCUGUCCAUCCGGCCUUUAAGGAUACCUGCGGCUUUGAAGCAGACCCAAAUCAACUGCCAAGCCAAAGCAAUGUCAUUGAGAUGCGACUUCAUGAACUCUCUGCACUUUGGGCUGCCAAGGACGCAGAUGCAAAUAUUCUUGAACUUCGAUCUGGCCGCGACACCAUCCGUCAUGUAUUUGCUGACUUCCAUCAUCUGUGGAAGACUAGGCUCCGUGAGGACCAAGAGAAGGAGGCACAAAAGUCAGAACUGUACCGUUACCGAGGUUCGUGGGAGGACGAAGAAGAGGUUGAUGAAGCAGAUCUGCACGAGCUCUUCCCAACAUACGACGAGGAGAGCCUGCCGAAAUCGGAGGAUAUUGGCCAACUUGACCCUAGGCUCAUUGCCUCUCGACUAGCUUCGUUGCACGCAAAGCUUGUGAGCGAUCACCAGACCGGAAACGCUAUGCGCACCUUUGUCAAACAGACUGGUAAUCUUUUGGGCUCUCUGUGGUCUAAGAGCAAGACAGAUUUCUCUCCAGUAUUGGCCCAGAAUCAUCUGCCUGUUGUUCUCCUACUUCUUGAUGAUGUGGUAGCCGAAGAGUCACAAGACCGACAGAAGAACUACAAUUUCUACACCGAUUCCAAUCUGGCCGAGGCACGCAGACUUGUGAAUCUGACCCUCUCAGUUCAAGCACGAUUUGUUCAAAUCCAGAUCACGUGGCCAGAGCAUGCUGUUCUUCAGGAUGUCAUCACUUGCUGCUCUGAGAUCCUGCAAUUCAAGUACACGGAGCCCGUUGCCAAGUUCCUGACCAAGGUCGAGAAACUUCACUCUUAUGUACACGAAUGGCAGCUUGUCGCAAGCAGAGAAUUUUCGGCAGCUUCCCUCUACGACGAGAUUACGAGUAUGACGGUCCAAUGGCGCCGCCUUGAAUUGACUACCUGGGCGAAGCUUUUGGAUAUCGAGAAAGAGCGUUGCGAGGAAGACGUCAGCGCUUGGUGGUUUGUCGCAUAUGAAGCACUUCUGGCUGUUCCACUUCAAAUGGCUGAGGCGGGUGAGGAAGGCAUGGGUGAUCACAUCCAAGGUGUCAUCUCCACACUGGAACAAUUCUUCUUGUCCACAACCCUUGGUCAAUUCUCUCGCCGCCUUCAACUUGUCUCUGAUUUCCGCUCGACUCUUAUGAUCUUCGCUAAAGACUACGAAUGUCUCAAGCCUCUUGCUUCUGCACUGGCCAACUUCAUCUCCCACUUCAGGCCAUUUGAACCUUUGGUAGAAAAGAUGCUGCAAGACAAGAGAGCCACGCUUGAAAAGGACAUCAAAGAGCAAAUUCAGUUGGCCAGCUGGAAAGACACCAACAUUGUUGCUCUCAAGGAGAGUGCCCGAAGGUCUCACGUCAAGCUAUUCAAGUUGGUUCGGAAGUAUCGCGCUGCUCUCACACAGCUUGUUCAGCCAGUCAUUGAACAGGGCCUUUCUGAAAACACUGAAGAAAUUUCCUCUCAGAACGACAGCAAGGCUCUUGCAUAUACCAUCUUUCCUGAAGCAUUGGCAGCCUGCCAGGAGACUGAAGCCUGGAGCUCAAGACCCCUCAGAUUCCAGAACCCCGAGGGCACCUGUCGUAACAUGAAGAACCUAUAUGCGGCAAUUCCCUUGGAGUUUGACAUUGCGAAGGAUCUGGAUGAAUUCACGGUAUCUGUUAUCGAAGGUAUCAAUGAGUUCAAGAGUCAAACCCCCAAAUCCCUCACUUUGGACAACAAGGAUGAUGUGCAGCACUUGAAGGUCCAAAAACGUCGUCUCUACGCUGAUACUCUGAAACGCGUAUUUGAGAUGGGUGUGAAGCGGAGUGCGGGAUCCAGCCUGAUUGAAACGCAAGUCUCGCUUGCACAGGUCCUUUCUACUAGUGCUGCCUUUGAAGCCGGCACUGCAACAUCAAAGUCCAUCUACAGUGCAGACACCUAUUUCCACCGCCUUUUAGAUCUGUUGCCACGGGCUCGUCUGGCUUCACGGGCUUACUCCGACGAAUUAACCAACGUCGAAAUUUCCAGGAGCAUGGGUUCCGUUGAGCAUCUUCUGUUUAUGAUUCGUCGCCAAAGAAACCUCAUUUCCCCCGCCAUGUCUGCACUGGGAUCUCUCGAGGCUAUCAUUGGGAAAAUGGAGAGCGUUUGGACAGUCGAAUCUACAUCGUUUGCCAAGGUUCAUGUCAUGAUUGAAGAACGUCAGGCCUUCCUCGCCAGAAAGGUUGCAUGGCUGAUCCCUGUACUGAAGCUUGGUGCCGAAGUCAUUGGAGUUCACUCCAAAUUCUCUGGUCUAGACGCAUCUGUCAUCAGUCAAGGACUUCUUUCCCAAACAGCUGUUCUUGAGGCUUUGCGCAAAUCUCUCAGCUUGCUUCCUGGCCUCCCCGCUGGUAUUGUAUCACGCACGCAGAGGGAAUUGACUGAUAAGGCGCAUGCGUUGCUUGAGAAGCUAUCGUCAGACGUUCUGAUUUGGGAAUGCGAGCGUCCUGAUUUGUCAUUCGUCCUAAGCCAGAUUCGCAAAUGGUCCUUGCCAGGCAUGGCUGACCACGUUGAUAUGACUUCGGAUGUUGCGCCUAGUAUUUCCAUUCAAAAGUUCGAUAACAGCCUUCUAACAGCCAUUGAUAGGAUGCUUGUCGGCUUGCAGAAAUUGAAAGAAGUGCCUAGUUCGAUUGAUUUCAGCGGCCUUUUGUCACGAAGCGAUGAGUUCUUCUCCCGGGCUUCGAAGACUGUUCACAUUGGUGAAAUCAGCUCAUCUCUUGCGGCUGUCGUGGAGCAGAUGCAGCACUUGGACAACGAUCAUGAUCUCAAACGAGCUGCUGCUCUUGUUGCCAGCAUUUUGCCAAUCGCCAAUAAAUAUUACGAGAUCUGCAGGGAGCUGACCAAUCGCUUUAUCGUGGUUCACCGUGAAGUCUGCAAGACAUCCUACUUGUUGACCAAGGCCUUUGUCCAAAUUGCUUCAGAAGGUUUCUGCAGCCCCGCCGAAUCAUCCCAGGAGCAAGGCCAGGACGGCAAGAUGGAGAGCGGAACCGGUCUUGGUGACGGCGAGGGUGCCGAAGACAUCAGCAAAGAUGUUGGAGAUGAUGAAGAUCUUUCUGAGCUCGCUCAACAGGCAGAUAAGGAAGAUGCCGACGAGGAAAUGGACGAUUCUGCUGAUGCUGUCAAUAUGGACCAGGAGGAGCUCAAUGCUGAAUCUGGUGAGCACAAGGAAGAGGAGGAUGAUGAAGACAAAGACGACGGGGAUGAAGAGGACGAUCUUGACGAAGAGACGGGCAGUGUUGAUGAUCUCGAUGCUGGCGCUGUUGAUGAAAAGAUGUGGGACGGUGCCAAUGAUGACCAGCAAAAGGAAGCAGAGAAUGAAGAAGGAAAGGGUCAGGCUGAAUCUGAUGAGCAAGCCGCUGCCCAGGAGCAAAAGAAAGAUGCCGAAGAGGGCCAGAAGGGUGAAGAAGACGGUGAAGAGGAGGAGGAUGAAGAGGAGGAGGAGGAUCCUGAUGAUGAAGGGGAAGCUGUCGGCCGUGAAGAUAUGGAUGUCACCGACCCUCAAACGAGGGAAGAGGAUGCGCUCGAGUUGCCUGAAGAAAUGCAGCUUGAUGGAGAUGAUAUGGAUGGUGGUGAAGAUGAAGGUGAAGAUGAUGGUAUGGAAGACAUGGAUGAUUUGGGUCCUCUUCCGGAGGAAGAAAAGGGCGAUGGCCAGGAUGACCAGGCUGGAGAUGAGGAUGCGGAUAUGGCACCCGAAGAGCAAGGUCCUGGAGAAGAUGAGGAAAUGGAUGAAGGAGAAGAAACGAACGAAGGCCAAGCUGAUGGUAAUGAGGAGGAAGAGGAGGAUCAAGCCGGCGGAGAAGAUUCUGAAGAGCCGGAGAAAGAUGAGUUCCUUGCCCAGCGUGAUGAGAAUGAGAACGCAGCCGACGAAGUUGCGCCCAGCGAAGCUGUUACUGGCGGACAAGGUGCCGACCAAGACCAGAAUGAGGAUAAGGGUGAUUCCGGGGAUGCCCAGCAAGAGAAUGGCUCCAAUGAUCCAACUGCCAGUGCUGAAGAACAAAAUGGCGCUGCCAAGGAUAGUGAGGAAAGCAAAGCCAGUCGCGAUGCUGGUGGAGGUGAAGACAGCUCUCCCAACGAUCCCCAAAUCCAGGCCUUCAAGAAACUUGGAGACAUUCUCGAGGAAUGGCAUCGUCGUCAAAAGGAGGUCCUAAACCCAUCACAAGAAGAAGAGGAUUCUCAGUCCCUGCCUCAAGAUACCGAUAUGGCUGAUGCCGAUUUCGAACAUCUUAAGGAUGACGAAGAUGAGGCCGAUACACAAGCCCUCGGACAAGCCAACGAUGACCAGGCCCAGGCCCUCGAUCAGAACAAGGGUGUCGAGUCAGAUAUCAAGCCUGGCGAAAAUGAUGUCCUUCCAGAUACUGCCGAGGAACAAGAUGCCAUUGACAACCAACUUCAGGAUGAGAUGCAAAUCGACCGUCCUCCCAUCCCAACUGAUGGCCAAGCUGGAGCUUUCAUUCCUGGAGGCCAGACUUCUCGAAACCACGCGGAAGCGGAACCGGGUGUCGAAGAAGUGAACAGGGAAUUGGACGAAGUCGACACGCAACUCGCGGCUAUCCACCUCUCUUCUUCGCUCCCACCAUUGACCUCUGAAAGUGACGCCCGCCGCCUCUGGUCUCACUACGAGUCUACCACGAACGACCUCUCCCUCUCCCUUACCGAGCAACUGCGUCUCAUCCUUGCUCCUACCAUGGCUACCAAGCUUCGUGGUGACUUCCGCACCGGUAAGCGGCUGAACAUCAAGCGAAUCAUUCCCUACAUCGCAUCGCAGUACAAGCGUGAUAAGAUCUGGAUGCGUCGCUCUAUUCCAUCGAAGCGCAACUACCAGAUCAUGCUGGCUGUCGAUGACAGCAAGUCCAUGCUGGGCAGCGGCAGUGGCCAGCUCGCCUUCGAGACAUUGGCACUAGUUGCUAAGAGUUUGAGCAUGCUUGAAGCGGGUGACCUGUGCGUUCUUGGAUUCGGUGACGAGGAACACGUUCGCGUUGCGCAUGAAUUUGGCAAGCCCUUCUCUUCCGAGGCUGGUAUGCAAGUGUUCCAACACUUCAGCUACCAACAGACCGGUACCAAUGUGCGGAAGCUGAUUGCUGAUUCCAUUGCUCUCUUCCGGGAGGCACGCUGGAAGCGCUCCCCUGGUUCCGGAUCUGCGGAUCUCUGGCAGCUCGAGUUGAUCAUCUCGGAUGGUAUCUGUGAAGAUCAUGAUACUAUCCGCCGCCUUGUGCGCCAAGCCCUUGAGGAACGCAUCAUGAUUGUCUUUGUUAUUGUUGAUGCUGUCAAGGGUAGCUCUAUUCUUGACUUGUCACAGGCAAGCUUCGAGGCUGAUGCUGAGUCUGGUGGUGAGAUGAAGCUGAAGAUGAAGCGCUAUCUUGAGGACUUCCCCUUCCCCUACUACCUUGUUGUCAGAGAUGUCCGUGAGUUGCCUUCUGUUCUGGCUACUGCACUCAAACAGUGGUUUGCUGAGGUUGUGGAUGUUUCAUCCUGA